CCCAUAGGCCCUCUCAGCCACUUCAGUCUCAUCCCCCUACUCGACUGGAUUUUGGGAGUCAAGCUCAUCUCAACCACUUUCUUUGCCUAGCUUCCACUGAGAACAGGCUCCUUACUAUCAGCACUAUGAGGUCUGCCUGUCUCUCUCUGCUCCUGGUCACCGCCUGCUGGGCUCUGCCCUUUCGCCAGUCUGGCUUCUUAGACUUCAUGAUGGAGGAUGAGGGGUCAGGGGACCCUGUUACUGAGUCCCCAUUGCCCCCAGUGAUUGGAGGCCCUAAAUGCCCCUUCAGAUGCCAGUGCCACUUGCGUGUGAUCCAGUGCUCUGACCUCGGCCUGAAGGCCGUCCCUGAGGAUAUUCCAGAUGACACCACCCUGCUGGACCUGCAGAACAACAAGAUCACUGAGAUCAAGGAAAAUGACUUCAAGAACCUUAAAGGACUACACGCUCUGAUCCUCGUGAACAACAAACUCACUAUCAUCCACCCCAAGGCCUUCAGCCCUCUGACCAAGCUGCAGCGCCUGUACCUGUCAAAGAACUUGCUAAAGGAAAUGCCCGCUAACAUGCCAAAGAGCCUGCAGGAGCUUCGCAUCCAUGAGAAUGAGAUCACCAAGAUUAAAAAGGCCUCCUUCCAGGGCAUGUCCCAUGUCAUCGUCAUGGAGCUUGGAUCCAAUCCUCUGAAGACUGCAGGAAUUGAGGCCGGUGCUUUUGCUGACCUGAAAAGGGUGUCUUACAUUCGCAUUGCAGACACUAACAUCACAGAGGUCCCCAAAGGUCUGCCCAGCUCUCUCUCUGAGCUUCACCUGGAUGGAAACAAAAUCACCAAGCUGACAGCUGAUAGGCUCAAAGGCAUGAAGAACCUGGCAAAGCUGGGUCUGAGUUACAAUCAGAUCAGCUCUGUGGAAAACGGCACAUUGGCUAACGCACCCCACCUGCGAGAGCUGCACCUUGACAACAAUGCUCUGACCAGCGUUCCUCCUGGCCUGCCCGACCAUAAGUACAUCCAGGUGGUCUACCUUCAUGCCAACAAGAUUGCUGCUGUGGGAACAGAGGACUUCUGUCCUCCCGGCUUCAACACCAAGAAGGCCAUGUACUCUGGCAUCAGCCUGUUCAGCAACCCCGUGCCUUACUGGGAAGUUCAGCCAGUCACCUUCCGCUGUGUCUUUGACCGCUCCGCUAUCCAGCUCGGCAACUACAGGAAGAAGUAGAGCGUCCUACAUGCCACUGCAAGGAAGUGUGUGUUUGUAAAUGAGUGUGUGAGAGUUUUGUAUGUGUGAGUGUUUGACAACAGCCCCACAACACUGACUCCCUACCAACACUGCCUUUCCACAAAUGAUGAUACAGUUAAUUCGCAUACUCAUUUCAAAACUCUGUGGACCUCAAACACAACAUAUCAGAUUCAAUAUUCUGCUUCAAGGUUUGUGCAACGAUAGUACCCACAGCUUACUGCAAAUACUAGCACACUACGGUGACGCUCUCGUGCACAGGGCACAUCAUUCACGGGACCAGUUACGCAAGCAUUAACAUUGCAUAUAUGAUCACAUACGUGCUGUAACAUAUUAAUGUGUAUAAUAUGUGCAAUUUAUUCAGUGGACAACAAAUUAAAAGAUGAAUCCAAACCAAAAAACAACAACAAAAAAAUCUCACUCAGUGGAAAUCUCAAUUUAAUCACCUUUUAGACCUUUAGCAUUGUAUGAAUUAGCUGGCCUGUAGAGCAGGCAGCAAUGGGUUAACUUGUGUUUUACAAUACCUUUAACAACCGGUAUACUAGAAUGUAGUAGAUAUUGCCUGUGUACUAGGAAUAGAAUUCAAAGUGUAACAUUACCAAGCUGCAGUUCAAGAACACAGAGUGUCUAUUUGUAUUGUACUCAAUCCAAGUAGAGCUAAAAGCAGCAGUGAUUUCAUUCGCUUUGUGAUAUCUUGUGCUUCCUUCCAUGUUGCUUUAGCUCUGGAUCUUUUUAUAUAUUUCUCCGUCACAUUCCAUCUCCUGUUCUGCUCCAAGUGUGUGCUUCCCAUAAAACAAGGUGAAAAUAGCUUGUUAAAUGUAGAAUAAAUCAUAUAUGUUUUAAA